GCGGAAGAACUUGACGGCUUGCAAAACAUGGCGAGCUUGGCAGACGUCAGUUGGAAACUGCUGGAAUUCAAAGCCCGGUCAAAAAGAUCAGAUUUGUGAUUUAGCUGAGAGGGCGAGAGAGAGAGAGAGAGUGACGAUUGGCCCUAAUUUCACCUUUUGAGAAUGGCUGCGAUAAACCGGCCUCCGAAAGUUCAAAGACUCGGAUCCAUCUAUGAGCCUCUCAAGCUGUCCAUUCUCCAGCGCGAGGAUGAGCCCUUGUGGGAGAAACUGGACCGGUACUACAAUGCCGUCAAGACCACCAUCCUCAACUACCAGAGUCCCACCACCGGCCUCUUCCCCGUCAAGACCUGCUCCACGUGCAAAGAGGCCAGGGUGCGGGAUUCCCUGUACUGUGCGGCGGGGGCGUGGGCGCUGGCCAUGGCCUACCGGCGCAUUGACGAUGACAUGGGGCGGACCCACGAGCUGGAGCACUCCGCCAUCAAGUGUAUGCGAGGCAUCCUCUACUGCUACAUGAGGCAGGCUCAUAAGGUUGAACAGUUCAAACAGGACCCCAGCCCCUCCAAGUGCCUUCACUCCAUGUUCAACGUGGACACGGGCGAUGAGAUCCACACCUACAGCGAAUACCACCACCUGCAGAUUGAUGCCGUUUCCCUCUUCCUGCUCUACCUGGUGGAGAUGAUAUGCGCCGGCCUGCAGAUCAUCUACAACACAGAUGAGGUGGCUUUCAUCCAGAACCUGGUGUUCUGUGUGGAAAGAGCCUACAGAGUGCCCGACUACGGUAUGUGGGAACGAGGCAGCAAGUACAACAACGGCAGCACCGAGCUGCAUUCAAGCUCUGUAGGUUUGGCCAAAGCUGCUCUGGAGGCCAUCAAUGGAUUUAACCUGUUUGGAAACCAGGGAUGCUCGUGGUCGGUGAUCUUCGUGGACCUGGACGCCCACAACAGAAACCGACAAACGCUUUGCUCCCUGCUGCCCCGAGAGUCUCGCUCCCACAACACGGACGCAGCCUUACUCCCAACCAUCAGCUACCCCGCCUUUGCGGUGGAUGACGACGCCCUCUACAGCCAAACGCUGGACAAAAUCGUCCGCAAGCUGCGGGGCAAGUACGGCUUCAAGCGCUUCCUCCGCGAUGGCUACCGCACCUCCAACGAAGAUAAGAACCGCCGCUACUACAAACCUGCGGAAAUGAAGCUUUUUGAUGGGAUCGAGUGCGAGUUUCCCAUAUUUUUCAUCUUCAUGAUGAUUGACGGUGUGUUCAGAGGUAAUCAGGCUCAGGUCAAAGAGUACCAGGAACUCCUUGAACCCAUCAUCUUUCAGUCUUAUGAGGGCCACGCCGUCGUUCCCAAGUACUACUACGUGCCCGCAGACUUUGUGGAAGCGGAGCAAAGCAAGCACGGCAGCCAGAAGCGUUUCCCGAGCAACUCGGGACGCGACGGCAAGAUCUUCCUGUGGGGUCAAGCCCUCUACAACAUCGCCAAGCUGCUAGUGGACGAGCUGAUCAGCCCCAAGGACAUCGACCCCAUCCAUCGCUACGUCCCUCGCCAGGACCAACGCAACGUCAGCAUGAGAUACUCCAACCAGGGUCCCAUUGAGAACGAUGUAGUGGUCCACGUAGCGCUGGUAGCGGAGAGCCAGAGAUUGCAGGUGUUUCUGAACACGUACGGCAUACAGACCCAAACUCCGCAGCAGGUGGAGCCCAUUCAGAUCUGGCCUCAGAAGGAACUUGUGAAGGCGUACCGCUUCCUGGCCGUCAAUAAGAAGCUGGGCCUGAGUGGGCGUCCGGAUCGACCCGUGGGCUGCAUCGGGACCUCCAAGAUAUAUCGCAUCCUGGGCAAGACAGUGGUGUGCUACCCGAUCGUCUUUGAUCUCAGCGACUUUUACCUGUCCCAGGACGUGAUGCUGCUGAUUGAUGACAUCAAGAACGCCCUGCAGUUCAUCAAGCAGUGCUGGAAGAUGAAGGGACGUCCCCUCUUCCUGGUCCUCAUCCACGAGGACAACAUCAAGGGAAGCCGCUUCAAUCCAGUCCUGGACAUGCUGGCGUCCUUCAAAAAGGGCCACAUCGGAGGGGUGAAAGUUCACGUGGACAGACUGCAGACACUCAUAUCCGGCGCCGUGGUGGAGCAGUUGGACUUCCUGCGCGUCAACGAGGCCGAGAUCCCGGAGUUCAAGAGCUUCGAGGAGCUGGAGAUGCCCAAACACUCCAAAGUCAAGAGACAGACGAGCACGCCCAACGCCUCCGACCUGGAGCAGCAGCCCGAGAUCAGCGUGGACGAGUGGCUGCACAAGCCCACUGAAGAGAUCCUCCAGAAGUUCCACGACUGCGACUGCUUAGCCAGCCAGGCUCAGCUCGCCGGAAUCCUGCUCAGGAGGGAAGGACCGCACUUCCUGGACAAAGACGAGAGCCUGAUGGACGAGCUGGAGAGGAUCUACAGGAGAGCUGGCAGCAGGAAGCUUUGGUCCGUUGUCCGUCUUGCUGCCAGUCUGUUAACUAAGCUAGUGGACAGCCUUGCCCCCAGUAUUACUAGUGUUUUAGUGCAUGGCAAGCAGGUGACGCUGGGCGUGUUCGGCCACGAGGAGGAAGUUAUCUCCAACCCGCUGUCGCCCGGCGUCAUCCAGGGCAUCAUCUACAGCAAGUGCUGCCCACCAGGGGGCGAGCGCGAGGCCGUCCUGCAGCAGGAGCUGGUCAUCCACAUCGGGUGGAUCAUCUCCAACAGCCCCGAGCUCUUCAGCGGCAUGCUCAAGAUCAGAGUCGGGUGGAUUGUGCAGGCCAUGAAGCAGGAGCUGAAGAUCCGAGCGGGGGACAUGUCCCCCCAGGACAUCUACCAGCUGUCCCCCAGCGACAUCAAGCAGCUCCUGCUGGACGUCCUGCAGCCUCAGCACACUGGCAGGUCCUGGCUCCACCGCCGCCAGAUUGACGGCUCCCUGAACAGAACCCCACUGGGCUUUUACGACCGGGUCUGGCAGAUCCUGGAGAGGACGCCCGAUGGGAUUCUGGUGGCCGGGACGCACCUUCCACAGCAACCUACGCUGUCGGACAUGACCAUGUACGAGAUGAACUUCUCCCUGCUGGUGGAGGACACCCUGAAGAGCAUCGUCCUACCCGAGUACAGACAGGUCGUUGUGGAGCUGCUGAUGGUGGUCUCCAUCGUGCUGGAGAGGAACCCUGAGCUGGAGUUCAGCAACAAGGUGGACCUGGACGGUCUGGUGAAGGAAGCCUUCGCCGACUUCCAGAGGGACGGCAGUCGCUUGGAAAGCGAGGAGAAGCCGGACGACAUGCAGGCCUUCUACAACACCCCCCCUGUGGGGCAGAGGGGCACCUCCAGCUACCUGACCAAGGCCGUCAUGAUCCAGUUGCUGCAGGGCGACGUCAAGCCAUGCAAGGAUGACCCGUGUUCCGUCAGCUAGGAGGACAACGCUUCCAUCAGCCACCUGCACCGUUAGCACUCGUUUUCCUAUAGAUUAGCAUGAUAGCGCUAAUGCUGCCCAUGAUUUGAUUUGGAAGCUGUUAGCAAAACAUGGAAAGCUCAAAGCUAGCAGGCAUGUUGAUGAGUCUGCCAUUUUGUUUCGUGUCUGUUGUCGCAAAAACUGAAGCUGGUUAGCCUAGCAUAACGAAGGGAAACCAUCUACCAUCUACUAGCUGGUAGGUGGUUUUUAUUUGGGGUUCUUGAGUGUAUUCUCUCACCACUUGGCAGCCAUCAUGGAAAGAUCUUGUACUAGCGUCUAAAGGUUUGAUUAUGGCUCAAAAUAACAUUCAAAGGCCUUUUUUUGCCACACUUGUGGACAUUUUUUCAGUGAAUUAGCUUCUCCCAACACCACUUUUGUCGGUUUUAACUAGCUGCUACAGGUUUUGAAAGCACGGCGGGAUGAAACGGCAUCAUUUUAGGUGGAAACGGAAGCUAAAUGCUAGCAGUCAAGAUGCCAUUUUGUUUGUUGUCUGUAGUCAUGCAUGUAGCUGAUGAAGCUAGUUAUUUAGCUUUAGCAUAAAGAAAGGAAACAAUCUAACUGUGAACAUGAAGACCGCUGGCAGCUAGCAGAUGACUUUUUGUUUUGUUUUUUUGGGAUGUUGUAGGUUAUUUUCUCACCGAUCAGCAGCCAACUUGGAAAGGUCUUAUAAAGGUUUGUUGAUUAUGGCUCAAAAUAACACUUUUUUUGUUGUUUUUUUACUGUGAGUUAGCUCCUCCCCCCUGCAUUUUUGCCUGCCGUUUACAUAAUUAGCUUUUGUCUUUUCCAAUUUUUUUGUUUCAGCUAGCUCUAUAGCAUUUUUGGUUGUAGUUUAUUUUCUCACCACUCGGCAGCCAUCUUGGAAAGGUCUUGGACUCGCUUCUAAAGGUUUAUUGAUCAUGCCUCAAAAGAACUUUUUUUUUUUUUUUUUUUACUGUGAAUUACCCCACCCCCCCACCCCCCCUUCAUUUUUGCCCGCCGUUUAAACAUUCAGCUUUUGUCUUUUCCAAUUUUUUUGUUUCAGCUAGCUGCUAUAUAAUUUAGAGACUUUAUGAGCCCCAUUUUGCCAUGCUAGCUGUUAGCCUGCGGCAUGCUAACCUCAUGACUGACUCAUAUUGGUGCCUUUGGUGCCGCUUUGCGUGAUAGCGCUAAUCCUUGCCAAGAUUUUAAAUGGAAACUGUUAGCAACAACCUGCUAGCAGUCAAUCACAGCACUUUGUUCCUUGUCUGUAGUCGCUGAUGACACUAGUUAGCCUAGCUUAGCAUAAAGAAAGGAACCUAUCUACCAGCACUUAAUUGAAAACUUACAGAAUACAGUGUAUUCUGUCACCACUCGGCAGCCAUUUUGGAAAGGUCUUGGACUAGCAUCUAAAGAUGUGUCGACUAUGGCUCAAAAUAAUGUUUCCAUUUUUUGACAUAAAUUACUUAGCUCCUGCCAGCAGUUUUGCCCGCUGUUUGUUUACUUUCAAACAAUUUGCUGCUUGUUGUCCAACUUGUUCAUGUUUCCUCACGCUACAGCUAGCUAUUUAGCACUUAAUGGCGGACAAAACAGCAUAGCUAGCCAAAGGCUACAUUUAGAGAUGUUUCCGUGGAUGAUUGGCACUUUUAAACAUACAUUUGACAUCUCAUUGAUUCAGAAGUUUCAUGAGCCUCAUGCCAGCCUCGUAUAUUGGCGGCUUUGGUGCUGCUAAUCCAGUGCAUGGACACAAAACCAUGUUAGCAAUGUGUGUGUGUGUUGUGUUACUGUGUCAGCAUACCUGCUCCAUUUUGGUGCCGUUUGCCAGUAGAAGAACCCGCUUUUGGGUUCACUUGGGAGUUAUUUUGGUGAAUGCGUCAAGGUGACAUAGAAAUGAUUAAAGAUUUAUUUA